AUGAGUAAAGCCUAUGAUAGGGUCGACUGGACUUUUCUUAAGGCUGUCCUUACUGUUAUGAAGUUUGAGGAAAGAUGGAUUCAGUGGAUAAUGGAAUGCGUGACGUCUGUUAGCUAUACAUUGCUUGUUAAUGGGAAUCUAACAUCCUCUUUUAAGCCUUCCCAAGGACUACGACAGGGAGAUCCUCUCUCUCCCUAUUUAUUCCUGUUUUGUGCGAAUAUCCUUUCUAUUGCCUUAUUGCAAGCUGAAAAUCAGAAACAAUUAAAAGGUGUGAAGAUUGGUAGGAAUGGUCUCUCAUUCACUCAUCUCCUUUUUGCGGAUGACUCUCUUUUCUUUUUCAAAAAGGAUGAUAUGUCAGUUACAAAAUUGAUUGCCAUCUUGGACUGGUAUUGUUCUAUCUCUGGACAGAAAAUUAAUUUGGCAAAAUCGGAUCUCUAUUGCUCUCCUAACAUGGCUGCUGUGGACAAAGAAUCUCUUGCUUCUAGACUUCAUGUCAAUCUGGUUCAGAAUCCAACUAAGUACCUUGGAAUGACUUUUAAGAUGAGGGGAAAUAGAUGCGCAGACUUUCAUUUUCUGGUAGAUAAGCUCCAUUCUAGACUUCAAGGUUGGAAGGCUAAACUCUUAUCACAAGCUGGUAGAACUACACUCAUCUCUUCUGUUCUCCAAUCUCUUCCCCUCUAUGCUUUUUCCUGUUUCAAGGAUUGUCCAACUUUGAGGGAAGGAAGAUGGUGGAUUGGGGAUGGUUAUAAUAUCCCUCUCAAGCAUAAAGACUGGGUUCAAUGGUCUCCUCUUAAUCUUCAAGACCAUAGACUUCCUACUGGAACUGUGGGAGACUUAAUUAACCACACAUCUGCCUCUUGUAACUGUAAUCUAGUUAGAGAUCUCUACCCCCCUUCUUUGGCUAGAAAAAUCUUUCAAAUUCCCAUCUCUAAAACAAACUCUGUUCAGGACAAAUUGGUUUGGAAACACUCUUCUGAUGGGGUGUACAAUGUUAAGAAGGCCUAUGAGAUUCUUAACUUAGAGCAAUUACAACCUUCUAAUCUUAAUCCUUUUAAUCAGGUGGUGUGGACCAAACUCUGGAAAGUGAAAACCCCUCUGAAAAUAAACACUUUUGUGUGGAAGUUGCUUCUGGACAGCUUACCUACAUUUUCCAAUCUUAGGAGUAGAGGAAUCUUAGCUGACUCUAAUUGUCCUUUCUGCAAUGAGCAUGAGGAGACCAGCACUCAUUUAUUUCUUUUAUGUUCCUUUUCGAGAGCUUGCUGGCAUGGCACCACUUUGGCCAUACACUCUUCUGACUUCAAUAACUUGUCUGUGCAGCAGUGGCUAACUGGGGUUAUCACCAAGCACAACAACAAGGACCCUAAUGUUAUGAACUAUCUGCAAGCAUUAUUCACAACCUUGUGGUCUAUUUGGAAUCACAGGAACAAAGUUGUUCAUGAGGGUAUUUCUCCUAAUCCUAUGAAUGUAAUUCUCAUGGCGCAAUCUCUAUCUUGCAGGUAUAAGGAUGCAUUCUCAGAACAGCUCAGCUCAAACCAGUCCCCAAGAAUAUCAACAACUCCAGUCCAAUCCGCAGCUGGAUCCUGGCAAUUAAUUAUCAAAGUUACUGGGUUCAGAGACAAGAAGAGGAAUAGAAGUGCUUUUGGUUUUGAAGCUGUCAACAUACAGGGAGAAAGUGUCUUCCUUGCUGUGAAUAGUAGCCUAGUUGGAGCAGUAGAGGAAUUUUUGCUUGAAGCUGUGGUGGAUGCCUGCCUUACAGCAAAAUAUCAUGGGUUUCAUAGUAUUUUGUUCCUAAGUGAUAGCAGAGGAUUGGUCAAGCUCUUCAAUACCAGGAAGGCUUCUGAUUGGCAAACUAACUAUAGGCUUGCUGAUUUAAAUUUUCUUGUACAAAAUGGUCUCCUCUGCCACAUGAUCCUUGUUCCUCAUAUGCUGCUUAAAACUUUAUGUAACGUUGCUAAAAAGGCAGUACAGGUGCCUAUUAAACACUGCUGGUUGAACCCAGCUCUUUUGUAA